ACAUCAACCUACAAGCAAUGUAAUUUCUGCUUGUUUUUUUCAUCUUCUUAAAUAAUUUUCCCUCCUGUUCAAUUUUAGAUAAAAAUGUUUCCACCGGCAACCGAAGAUACUCAUAUCCUAAGUUCUUGAUCAAUCGCCAUUAUAAUUGAAAUGUUUUUUUCAAGGGGACCUCUUCUACCAUUAAUGUGAACAAGAAUCAGUUUAUAGUGAUAAACAAUGGUGUUUAUAGAAGCCUGACCGAUCUUUUAACCUUUGUUAUGAUACAUUAGACCCUGCAAAGCGUCUAUCAUUGUACCGAAACUUCACACUUGAACAGUUAACAUAGAUUGCAAAGACAUUCAAGAUUUGAAAUUUGGUCUUUUACUGUAUUUUGAUUUGAACAAAACUCGAUAGACCUGUUUGGUUACAUUUGUCUUUGAUUAUCUUUUAUUUCUGUAAUUUGUGACUUCAUUGAGAUUGUUACAAAAGUUUCCUGCAUUGCCGGCAUCAUGGAUAACAUCGAUAGUAUUUGUAAACUCAUUGGCUCAACUUACUCGCAACAAGCCUCCAAUUCAAUCACAUCUCGUGAAAAGCUGAUCAGUGAACUCCUGGUUAAAAGACGAUGUCCUCUAAAUGGUUGGGAUGAGAUAAAUAUUGAUUUGUUGAUACAUAGACUAUCAAUGAUGGAUAGCAAUAACUUUCUCCACAACUGUGGAAUCGGAGAAAGGGAAUCAAGAUUUUUGUCACCAAUGGUUGCUCGUCGUCAUUUUAACAUGGGACAUGGAAUCGGAAGAUCUGGUGAUAUAAGUGAAAUCCAACCUAAAGCUGCUGGCUCAUCUUUAAUCAAUAUAUUAGCAAACUCUCUUGUACUAGAUAUUUUGAAAAAGAACGGAAUUCCAAAUACUAAAAGUGCUUUAAUCGUUCCUUUGGCUACUGGGAUGAGUUUAACUCUUUGUUUACUCACUUUCAAAGCAUCUCGACCUGACGCUAAAUUUGUCAUAUGGCCAAGAAUAGACCAAAAAUCCUGUUUCAAAUCGAUAAUAACUGCUGGUUUUGUUCCUUUGAUUGUUGAAAAUGUAAAAAAAGGCGACUCCUUGACCACAGACAUCAAUGAAGUUACUCGUCUAAUUGAAAAACAUGGAAGUAACAGUAUUGUCGCUAUCAUGUCAACAACCUCAUGUUUCGCUCCACGAAUUCCCGAUGAUUUAGUUGCAUUGGGAAAAAUCGCACAAUCUCACAAUAUCCCCCAUGUUGUCAACAAUGCAUACGGAAUGGCGUCAACUAAAUGCAUGUCACUUAUUGAACAAGCUUCUAGGUCUGGACGAGUAGAUGUUUACAUUCAAAGUACCGACAAAAAUUUCUUAGUCCCAGUUGGUGGAGCUAUCAUUGCUGGCUUUGAACCUUCGAUAAUCAAUAAAAUAAGCAGCAAUUAUCCUGGGAGAGGAUCAGCUGUUCCAUCACUGGACGUUUUAAUUACAAUACUUAAUUUAGGGUUAAAUGGAUACUCAAAAUAUCUUCAAGAUAGACGUGUACAAAUGGACUAUUUAGUGAACCAAUUGAAGAUAUUAGCUUCAAAAUUCGGUGAAAAAGUUCUCGAAACUCAAGCGAAUAAAAUAUCCGUAGCAAUGACUUUGGAUAAUUUCGUAAAACCAGAUGGAAAAGAAACUGCCAUUGGAUCAAUGUUAUUUAUUCGUGGUAUUUCUGGAGCUCGAGUCAUCUCUAAAAACUGUCCAACCAAAGAAAUUUCUGGCUAUAAAUUCGUUGCAUGGUGUUCUCAUUCUAAUGAUUAUGGGCAUUCAUAUUUAACUGCAGCUGCUGCCAUAGGUGUAACCAAAGAUGAUAUCGAUGUUUUUAUUAAACGGCUUCAAUGCUUACUCUCUGAUUUGUAUAACAAAAAAAGCUGAAAAGUUCAAAUAAAAUUACAAAGUAAACCAAA